AAUGGUGUGUCCCGCCGCGGCCGCCGUAGCGCUGCUGGCCAGCGGCGUGGUGGGCCCGUGCCUGGCGGAGCGGCGUGUCUCAGACUUCAGUGACAUCAACAAUGGCAUCCCAGAAGGAAAUACUGAGCGAUGGGCGGUUCAGCCGCGUUGCUCGGGAUCCCAGGUUUUGGGAGAUGCCAGAAAAAGACCGGAAAGUCAAGAUUGACAAACGCUUUCGAGCAAUGUUUCACGACAAGAGGUUCAAGCUGAAGUGCACAGUGGAUAAAAGAGGUCGACCCGUUAACUAUACCUCCGUUGAGAACCUCAGGAAAUUCUAUGCCUUGUCAGAAUCUGACUCUGAACUUUCAGAAGAUGAUAGCGAAGUACGUGCAGAAAAGAAAAAAAAGAAGAAAAAAGCUAAGCCUAAGGAAGGAGGGGAUUCUGUAAAACCAAUUCCUCAGGAAGACAGUAAAAUGAAAAAACAAGGGGUGGACCAAACACGCAAGGUGGUGACAAAACUAGAUGACCCUCAGAAUGAAGGGCAGAAAGUUGCAUCUAGAUUUAAAUUGAAAGAGGACUCCAAGAAAACCAGAACAGAAAUGGGUGACUCCCAGGGAAAUGAGGACCUUUUAAGUGAUAUGGAAAAUGAGGAAGGAGGUGAAUCAAAAGGAAGGUCGGUUUCGGUUCAAAACAAGCAGAAGACUUCAAAGCCAAGAGUUGCUAAUACAGUUAAAGCUGCAAAGAGGGACUGUUCCAUACAAGGAAAAAUACAAGAAUCAGUGACUGCCUGCAGAGACAGCGGUGCUGAGAGUGACAUUGGUGAAAGCCAAUUAGAGGAAGAAAUUUCUGCAAGGGAAAGUUCUGAGUAUACACAAUCAGAAGAGGAAGAGUUGGAAGACAAUGGUGAAACAGGCAAGGACGAGGAGUCAGAAGACAGUGAGGAAACAGAUGAAGGUGGUGGUGAUUCAGAAGAUGAUGAAGAAAGUGAUAUAGAGCCUGAUCUGGCUAGAGGUAUAGGGAACAUUGAAACAAGCUCAGAGGAUGAUGACGACUUAGAUGAUCUAUUUCCAAAGGAGCCAGAGAUUGAGCAUUCAUGGGGUGAACUAGAUAAAGAUGCCCCUCGUGGAGAUGAGAUUACAAGCAGAUUGGCAGUUUGUAACAUGGACUGGGAUAGACUUAAAGCUAAGGAUUUGCUGGCUUUAUUUAAUUCUUUCGUACCCAAAGGAGGAACUAUAUUUUCUGUAAAGAUUUAUCCUUCAGAGUUUGGAAAAGAAAGAUUGAAAGAGGAAGAACAGCAAGGGCCUAAGGAGCUGUUUGAUCUUCCAGAGAAUACCACAGAGAAAGACGAGCUUUAUAAGGAAAAAUUGAGGGAGUAUCAGUUUAAGCGACUGAAGUACUUCUAUGCAGUUGUAGAAUGUGACUCUCCUGAAACAGCCAAUAAAAUUUACGAGGAAUGUGAUGGACUGGAAUUUGAAAGUAGCUGCUCUUUUAUUGACCUCAGAUUUAUUCCAGAUAACGUUACAUUUGAUGAUAAGCCAAAAGACACAGCUUCGGAAGUGAAUGUAUCUGGAUAUAAGCCAAAGUACUUCACAUCUGCUGCAAUGGGAACAUCAAAGGUAGAUAUCACAUGGGAUGAAACAGAUCACGAACGAGUAAUGUCACUUAGCAGAACUUUUAAUAAAGAGGAACUUCUGGACAUGGAUUUUCAAGCUUACUUGGCUUCAUCUAGUGAAGAAGAGGAAGAACAGCAGCAAGGGGAAGGUGUAGCUCAUGAAACGGAAGAUGACAAACCCAGGAAAAGCCAAAAAGAUGAUGAAGAGCAAAUUGCCAAGUACAGAGAACUUUUGCAAAGUAUCCAAGAAAAAGAGAAAAAGCAGGAAGAAAAGGAUAUAGAAAUGGAGAUUAAAUGGGUUCCAGGCCUGAAAGAAACUGCUGAAGAAAUGGUCAAAAAUAGGUUGGAAGGAAAAGAUAACCUAACUCCAUGGCAAAAAUAUCUGGAGAAGAAGAAAGAAAAAAGAAAUCUUAAAAAAAAGAGGAAGGCUACUGCUGAGAGAGACAUGAGUGAAGAUGAAAUUCCCUCUGAUGUCGAUCUCAAUGAUCCAUAUUUUGCUGAGGAACUUGGAAAAACAGGUUUAAAGAAGAAGGCGGAGUUGGUGGAAAGUAACUCAGAAGAUGAAGCUGAAGUUGAAAAACAGAAGGCUGAAAUGGCUCUACUUAUGAUGGAUGAUGAUGAUGAUGGCAGAAAGCAUUUUAAUUAUAAACAGAUUGUGGAACAGCAGAACUUGAGCAAGAAGAAAAAGAAACUCUUAAUGAAAAAGAAGGAAUUACUAGAAGAUGACUUCCAGGUAAAUGUUGUUGAUACGAGGUUCCAAGCCAUGUUUACUUCCCCCUUAUUUAAUGUGGAUCCUUCUGAUCCAAAUUUCAAGAAGACGAAAGCAGUAGAAAGGAUCUUGGAAGAGAAAGCUCGCCGGAGAGAGCAAAAGCAGCAAGAUCUUCAUGAGGCAAGCAAAGAGCAGGAGAACAAGGUGGCAAAGAAGGAGACUAAGAAAUCCAUAGAUCCUGCCUUGUCAAUGUUAGUAAAAUCUGUCAAAAACAAAACUGAACAGUUUCAGGCAAGGAAAAAACAGAAAAUCAAAUAACUGAUCUUUGUUUCUGACUCGGACUUUUCUUUGCAGACAACAUCUGUUGAAGUUGCUGUAUCUGCUCUAAUUCCUAUCCCCCUAAAAUUCUCAGAAAGGUCAUUUAAUUCUAGUGGCAAGUUUUAAAGUAACGAGAGCAACAAAAGCCCUUUCCUUCUGCCCCCCAAAUUGUCUUCUACUGUUGGAAAAAACACAUCACCAAACAACAUUUCCAUAGCAUGCAAUGUCUUAAAGGUAACAGAAGUAGUGAAGUUAUGUACAGAAGUUAGCCACAAUUACAGUUGUAUUUAAAAAUAAGAAAAACACUUCUGUAGAGAGUUGAGAGCUGAGACUAAUUGGUCUUAAUGUCAUUAAUUCUGAAGAAGUCUAUAGACACAGUCACUGAUUAAAAAAAGGUUUUAAUAUAAUACAAAUUGAAGAAGUUCUAUAUACAUCUCUUUUGUGUAUUUGAAAGAUCUCUUUUGUAUAUUUUAUAUGAUUAUAUACAUGCUACAUGACUAAUUUCUCUUCAGAAUUUAACUAGAUAUGGAUCUAGUUAAAAUUAAUUAAUGGGGAAAAAAACACCAUUUAGAAAAUGUCAUUUAUAUAUAUCAGAAAUAAAUGAUUGAAAAUUUGCCCUAAGGAAUUUUGGCACUUAACUGUGUUGUUUUUUUUCUUUUGUGCUUAAGUAAGAGUGCAGAUUUAUACAAUAGAAUACCAAAGAACACUUGCAGACCUAGAGUAUUAAGUGUUGUUGCUCUUCCCACCCAGCUGAACGUCUUCAGACUGAUGUUUCAAGUGAGUUUAUUAUAUAUAAAGAAAGAACACAUUUUAUAAAAAUGCAAGGGUAUUAUAUAGUGACACAAAAUCGUUUGAUUCAGCUACGUGGAGCAAGAGAGCAAACAAAAUACUAAUUAUUCAGCAAAUUCUGUAUUAAAUUUUAAUGCUUUGUAUUUGUGAGCUUUUCACAUUUUCUCAUCACUGCGGUAGGACAUGAAGAGAUAUUCUCUAAACCUGAGUUUGGAGUCUUUCCAUGCAUUCUCCAGUGCUUUAACUUAAACCCCCAGUUUUCCCACUUAGGAAGGACUUGAAUUUCAGAGAUGAUUAAAUUUUAAAAUGCAGAUGUUGGAUGAUUUCAUUUUUGGAAAUAUCUGUCACUAACCAUAAAUCUGGAAAAGUGGACUCCAGGGUAAAUGAGCAAAGGAGCUCCUGUUUAACAUCUGUUCUGAGGCACGUUGAGAGAAAGCAGUAAACUGUGAAAGGUUAUAUGGUGGGGGCAAGCAAUUUGUGAGGGGGCAUUAUGUAUUGGAGGUGGCAAUACAUACAGGGAAGCAUUAUGUGUUAUGAAAGGGCAAGCAGUAUACUGGAGGACAUUAUUUGGGAGGUGGGACAAGCACUACGUUGGGACAUUACAUAGAAAAAAGAACACUCUAUAGGGGGACAUAUAGAAUAUGCAGGGUGAGCAUUAUACAUGAGGAUGUUAUAUAGAGAAAAAAAGAACUAUAGAGGGGCGUUAUAUCAGGGAACAGCAAGCACUACACUAGGGUUGUUGUAUAGGAUGGGUAGAGAGCACCAUAUGGGGGCACAUCAUAUAGGGGCGGUGAGCACUAUCUGAGGGGGCUAAGAUCAUCCAGUCCAACCCCAGCCCACCCUCACCAUCAUGUUCCACAGUGCCACAUCCCCACGGCUCUGGAACACCUCCCUGGGCAGCUGUGCCACUGCCUCACCGCUCUUUCUCAGAAUAAAUUGUUCUGAACACCCAACCAGAACCUUCCCCCCAGCCCAACUUAAAGCCUUUAUCUUUUAUCCUAUCACUGUUACCUGGGACCAGUGCUUGGUUGAAGCUCAUCCCAUUGGCCUCACCCCUUUGAUCCAGGCUUCCAGAUCCAUCUGUAUGGUCUUCCUACCCUCAGGAAGAUCAACAUUUCCUCCCAGCAUGGUGUCAUCUGCAAACUCACUGCAGGUGCACUCAAAUGAUCAAGUAUGGAGUACUUUGCAUACAUAAAAAUGUCACAUCUUAUUCAGGCUUUAGAAUGUAUAUUGAAAUGUCAGGUCACUUGACAGGAGAAGAAAUAGCAAAUAUUAAAGAGCACCUACCAUAAACUUGGAUUCUAAAUUCCAAGUACAAAGACGAACAGUUAAGUCUAUGAGCACAGAUUCAUUUCUAACCUCACAGGUUAAUGCCAAGAAGAUAAAUGCAGCAAGGUUUAAAAUAUUCAUUUGAAAGUGGAUAUCACUGCUCUUGCAGGGAAAGGUUUGUUGAGACUACCAAGUUCUUUUUAAAAUCAAGCAAAACUUCAUAAAAUCAGUUUAAAUUUGAAAAAAACAAAGCCAAGAAGGAGCAUAAUGUCAAUAUAAGGCAACCUUGUUCUGCAUAAGGGAUGGCACUUGAGCACAUGGCUGUUGGUUACUGCUUCUACCCAGAUGCGGGCUUAUCCAGGUGCAUCUACAUGUCAAGCAGACAAAAAGAACCAUGUUACUGUUCCUAUGUUAACCCAAGCAUUUUGAGAAUUGGCGAAAGACCUUACGUCAGGGAAACACUGAAAGUCAUUGACAGAUAUUGUGUGAAACACCUAGUUUCUGACUACUUUGAGAUUCAAAGUCAAAGGAAGAAGUAAAGCUGUUUCUACAUGUUUGUAACACUGCGUAGCCUUCUGUACUCAUCCACAGCCUCACAGAAUGCUAGGCACCAUUUCAGAAAAUUAGAAUUUAUUUCCACAGUGCAUCUGAAACUCAGUCCUGUCACAGAUCAGGUAAAACAUGACAAGAUGCAUGUUCAUCCUCACCACUCUGCAGCUUGCAAAGGUGGAUCCAUAGCAGUUUAUGCUUGCUGAAGUCCAACCUGCUGAGCCCUGCCCAUUUUCCAGUCCCACUCCUAUCCUCACAAAGUUGGCAAGAGCACAUGGAGAGAGGAGGGCUGCUCCAUUCAUUCAGUCUUUAACCCAAGUACAAAGUUCAGCAUGAGCUGAGGACACAAAGACGUUGAUUACCUGUCCUUCCCAUCAGAGACAAAAAAAAAAAACCACCACUUCUGUGCUGUGUUUAUUAAUAUAUGCUCAAAGCAAUGGCAUUGAUAUCUACCACUGCAAAUCAACUUCCAUCUUCAGGCAGGCACUGGCCACUGACUCGUGCAAUUACUGUUGUGAAUCUUGCAGCUGCUUGCUCAGACUCUCAUAUCUAGUCAACUUACUGAAUGCUUAUUCUUACUUCUCUUUUGCCUACCAACAAAAUAUAAAUUCAAACAAAUAUAUUAUUAUGAAGCAGGUUACAAAUCUUUUUUCCUGAUCUUUGCACAGAGACAGAUGGAACUGUUCUUAUUCCUACUUGUAGGUGUUGGUAGAACACCCAUUUUGCUAACCUAAAAGUGAGAGCAGGAACAGUAUCAAAUAGGCCCUGUUGGCUACAAAAGAUGCCUCUCAGAUUCUGUAAUUAAAAUAAAAUCUUCCUAAGUGGCUGUUAGACUACAACUUACAAUACAACACCUAAUUCCAUAUCAUGUUUUGUUUUAAAGCAGCAGCAUGGCUUUGGAGUCCAGCCUCUGUUUGCCAAGGCCAUGAGAACAUGGACAGGCCUGAGCAACCCUGUGAAAACUGGCAAUUAGAACUGAGAAUUACACCUACAUCUUUCCAAACUUUAUGUCCUGGAGUGCUUCAGAGAGUAUUUCAAACUAAGUCCUAAGAUGGAGGCCAAUUUUAAGUAGGACAUAUGUAAGCAAAUUCUUAUUUAAGACAAUGGAGUUGCAUUCUUUCGCAUUGUAUUUAUUGAUGGCCCUAGGAGUGCUAACAUAGGAAAAGGACAUUUUCACAGAGCUGUGGGCCAGAGAAGGUUUGCACACGAUGAUGAGGUACAGUACAUGGCAUCAUCUAGAGAAAACAUGCUGCCGUGUUAAAUCUGACUGACAAAACCUCUGCAGAGGAACGCCCACCAUUAAAUCCAAUACCAAAAAAUGCAUUCAUCACAUCAUGAGUUCAUCACAUAAUCAGCACCUUUUUUUGGACAAGCAAUCCUUUCUGCAAAACAUACAAAAUUUCUUUACAUUCAGCAAAACUAAGGGUUGUCUUGAAAAGGUGGCAAGGCCAUGGCAUGAAAGGGAGAGACUGACCCUAAAGAAUGCCCACAGCCAACUCAUCCCCCAGCUUUGUCCAAACCCUCACCCUGGCUGGCACACAUUCCCGUGGGAACAAUGAUCAGUAUCAUUUUACGACUCCAAGGUCCUUUCUCUGAUGUCCUCUGCUGUUUAAGAGAUGAGGGAGAGAUGUGGAA